AUGCCCUCUUCUCAUCACAUCACGAGACUCGGCUUCUGUGCCAAGUGUUGUGCCCCCAAGGCUUUUCACCCUCGACCUUUACAGGCUCCUGCUGCUGUCAGGCAUUUUCGAAGCCCUCCGGGGGGUGAUAGGCGGCGAGACAGCGGAAAAGACUUAGCCAACGAGAACGCUUCGCCUGAGCAAGAGGAACCAGGUCCAUUGGCACGCCGGCUAGAGGAGGCUACGGAAGAAGCUCUGCUAACAGGUGGUUCAUCCGGACGGCGUGCCAUCGAAGAUGCCGGUUUUUCAGAUGAGCUAAAGGAGAAGCUUCUCCAUAAAAUUGCAGAUGCUAAGUUCGAAGAGCAACGCUCGGGCGCGCUUGCCCAAGCAGGCAUACCAUCAUCUGCGUCGAAAAGCACACAGCACAGUCACAGCUCGCGUCCUUGGACAGGCACUGAGACUACCGAAGACGCGGUAUUACGGAUGCUACAUGACGCUAAGCCACCCUUAAAGUCAAAAAAUGGGGCAAAAUUUCAACCGCCGGUCGUGGAUACACGAAUUCGGCGCAGCGUGCCGCAAACUCACGGUCAAAGGGCAGCUAGUGCUCGCGACAAGGCUAGCAUGUAUGUAGGAAUGGACAUGAAAACUUCGAAAGGACUGAGCGACGAGGAGCGAGAGGAGAUGAAGGCGGAGCUACGAGAGCGGUUCCAGCCCGCCGCCAGGAGUGUCCCUGUCUCAAUUUCCGGUCUGACCGCGCUAGCUAAUCAACGCAUAGAAGAUGCCAUCUCAAGGGGUCAGUUCAAAAACUUACCACGGGGUAAAGAGAUGGAACGGGAUCCAAGGAGCGACAACCCUUUUAUUGACACAACAGAGUAUAUCAUGAACAAGAUGAUUCAACGACAAGAGAUUGUUCCUCCCUGGAUUGAAAAGCAACAGGAACUGCGCAAAGCUGCAAGAAUAUUUCGAGAGCGGUUGCGGAAUGAUUGGAAAAGGCAUGCUUCUAGGAUGAUAGCUUCACAAGGGGGAACACUUGAGGAGCAAAUGAAACGAGCAGCAGCAUUCGCCGACGCAGAGCUGGCGCACAAUCCGAGAUGCAAAAACGUGGACCAAGUUGCCGUGUCUUCCAAUGCCACGCAUCAUGACGUUAUGAGAAACACAUCAAAGACAGUUCAGGUCAAUGGAAAUUCCACCCCAACAACAGCCUCGGGUGGCGUCGGCGCCGUCAACGUGGUCCAAAGGCCAUUUCGUGAUCCAGCCUGGGAGGAAGCGGAACAGGCCUACAUGAAUUUGUCAAUUCAGAAUCUGAACAACAUUACCAGGAGCUACAAUCUGAUGGCGCCCGAGCUGGCCAAGAAGCCAUACUUUUCAUUGGAGAGGGAGUUGAACUCAUGCUAUGCAGACGUCGCGCCGCUCGUCGCCGAUGAAAUCAAGGUUCGGGCGGUAGGACGCAAGGCAACAGGCAACGCAACCCAUGUCGGGAACAGUUCCAACUCAAGUUUCAUAGAUAUGUUUAUUGGAAGACACAGCGUUAGUAUUCAUCCCGAGGCAAAUGAGAAGGCGUAUGGCCUAAAAGAGUGGUGGAGGGACUUUUGGCGAAAGAGAUAG